AUGCCGCCCGUAGGUAGGGCACCCGUGCCAUCGCGCCGAGCCAGAUUCACGCCCUACUCGAGCUUAUCGCCCAAGGGCAGUGAGGCACUGGUGUCAGAUGAACGCACGCGCCGUUGGUCCGAGGAUAUCCAGAACGGACGAUCAGUUCGCGCAAGCAUAUCCCGAGAGAGGGAGGAAAGUGUCGAGACGGUCACCGACGAAGAUUCAGGAGAACCUGAUGCCCGUCCCACGGUCACCCAUCUGUUCAUAAACAACACCCAUGUGAUGUCAAAGGCGAAGGACUGGACUAGUGUGCUGGAUCCGGUCUCGCAAGGUCUCCUUUGUCGUGUACCGAGUAGUACCCUUUCUGAGAUACAGAGCGCCGUCGCAGCGGCGCAGGAUGCCCAUCCCGAAUGGGCGUCGCUGGGCUUCCAGAAGCGGAGAGAAUACCUGCUCCGACUGAUUGAUAUCUUGCGAGAGAUGUCCCCAGCGAUUGUUACGUGUCUUUCACGAGAAGUCGGAAAGACCUUAGCGGAUGCAGACGCGGAGGUUUUUCGUGGCCUGGAUUGCAUCCAUGCCGCCUGUUCCAUUGGACCCGAGAUGGCAGGAAUGUAUCUGGGAGGGGACGCGACCUUAUUGCAGACCUUAUAUGAGCCACUGGGUGUUUGUGUCACAAUCUCUCCAUUUUCUUUUCCAUUCAUGAUCCCGUUAUGGUCGAUACCAUACGCUCUCAUCACUGGAAACACAGUAGUCCUGAAGCCAUCAGAAAAGACCCCAACGACCUCCUCUCUGUUAGCAAAGGCCUUUAUCAAGACGGGAUUUCCACCAGGGGUUUUUAACAUCCUACAUGGCGGCCCUUCCGUGGUGCACUCGCUCAUAACACAACCCGAUGUCCAAGCAGUCAGCUUCGUCGGGUCCGAGGCUGCUGCGAAAGAAGUUCACGAUGUUGCCCGUAGGGCAGGAAAGCGUAUCCAAGCGGAAUGCGGGGGCAAGAACCACGGCGUCAUCCUGGAAGAUUCGAACAUGAUGUCCACCCUGUUUGCAAUUGCGGGAAGCGCAUUCGGUGCCGCUGGCCAGCGAUGCAUGGCACUCAGUGUUGCUGUCUUCGUGGGUAGCACACGCGAAUGGAUACCUAAGCUGGUUGAACUUGCGCAGUCCAUGGUUGUCGGUUGUGGAGGUGAUCAGGAGUCGAAGGUCGGGCCCUUGAUAGAUGCAUCAGCGAAGAACAAAGUCUGCGGUGCCAUCCAGCGAGCCAUAGAAGAAAGGGCCACGGUGCUUCUUGACGGGCGGGAUGUCAAAGUGCCUGACUAUCCUGAUGGGAAUUUUGUUGGACCUACCAUCCUUACUGGUGUGGAAACGUACAUGGAAUGCUAUCAAACCGAGAUCUUCGGACCGGUUCUGAUCUGCAUGGAAGUGGAAACAUUAGAUGAAGCUAUAGACCUGAUCAACCAAAACAAAUAUGGCAAUGCGUGUUCAAUCUUUACCACGAGUGGAAAACAUGCCAACACUUUCCAGCGCCGUGUCAACGUUGGUCAAAUCGGCGUCAACAUUCCAUUAAUAGACCGCCACGCUCCUGGGAAAACCUACUGGCCCUUCUUCACAACCACAAAAACCGUCUCGUCUCGUUGGGAUCAAUGA